AUGUCUUCCAUGAUACGAGCUAGUACCGCCCUCUACCGUAUCUUCGGGGUUCCGCGAGUCAACGCAAUUGCCGAAGCUAUCCUUCGAAACCACGUCCUUGCCAAUCUCACCCCUCUUAUCGCUGUCAUCAAGAAGCAUACAUGGAUCCUCCCCUGGAUCGGCGGCAGCGCUUCGAUCGUCAGCGUGUUAGCCUGUGCCGCACCGUUACUUCUUCCAGUAAUCGGAUUCGGAGCUGCGGGGAUCGUACCCGGUUCGUUGGCUGCCUUCUUACAGGCUACAGCAUAUGGCUCUGGAAUCCCUCAUGGAUCUCUAUUCGCCCUCUGCCAAUCUUUUGGCAUGGGAGGGGCGGCAGGCGUCCAUGCUGUCACCAUCUACCAGACAAUCAGCGGGACGACAGCAGCAAUCACAGGCGGGGUGGGAAUGAGCUCUUUCUUCAAGUGGGCUUGA